AUGUAUAGUAAUAAAAGCCUUCAAAGGCGUCGAAGACAACAAGUCACAGAAAGUCUGUCGGAAGAAAAAUUCUCAAAUUCUCUGAUCCGCCUGAAUGGUCAGAGCCUUCUGGAUACAACUGGAAACAAUACAACGACCAGAAACAACAGUUCUGAUGUAGUCAUAGUUAUCAUGGAGGGGCGUGGCAGUAGUGAAGGCCAGAUCGGAAUCGCGAUGCAUGAUGUUCGACACCCAGAAAUCAAUUUGUGUGAGUUCGUGGAUUCGAGAGAAUACGCGACACUGAAAACUAUGAUCAAUGUACAUGAAGCUUAUGAUAUUGUAAUUCAAAAUGGAAACGAGGAACGAGGAGCAACAAAGCUUCUUGGAGAAGCCUUAAUGACUGCCUUUCCAGAUGCUUCUUUACAAUCAAUUCAUGCGAAAUACUUCAAACCCGAAAGAGGUCAAAGCCAACUCGAAUCCUUGAUGAACGCAGAAGUUUCCACCGUAUCAGAAGGCUGUUUUCGUCGUUCUCUUGCUCUUGGCGCAUUGGCAGUUCUACUCAAAUACAUUCAUGAGACUCGAUGCGUCUUCUUUCGUGUAAAAUCACUGCGUAUCAAAGAAAUGGGAGUGAAUGAUACUUGCAUGAUCGAUUUUGUGUCAUGGGAAAGUUUGGAAAUAAUUGACAAGGAUGACGCUAGUAAAGCAAGAAAAUGUCAGAUGAAACAGAAAAGAACACUGAUGUCCGUUUUGAAUCACACCGUAACUGCCAAUGGUUACCGUCUUCUUCGAUCUAACGUUCUGCAACCAUCCACACAUAUAUCAACUAUCGAAGCUCGUCAAGAGUCCGUUGAAGAGCUCAUCGCAAAACCACAAUUGAAAGAAAAACUGAGAAGAACUCUGUUGAGAGCUCAUGAACUAGACAGAGUUAUUGCAAUGUGUAUUCAAACAUCGUCUUCGUGGACCGUCAGAGAAUCUGAAGCGAAAAUCAACCAGAUCAUCAAAUUGAUUCAAACCCUGAAAGUCAUUCAAGGCAUCAGAGAACUUCUUGUUUCGGCACGAGUUAAAUCCGAUUUGUUAAACGAAAAAACGGAGUUUCUCAAGGAUCCUCGUUUCGACCAAAUCAUGAAUAUUCUGCUUGAGAAAGUGGAUGAUUCACUUUGCGACGGCCGUAAGAACUCGCUACAUCUUCAGAAUACGAAGUGUUAUGCCGUUAAGCAUUAUGUGGCAGUUCAGUUAGAUCUUGCGAGACAAACAUACGAAGAGUUGAUCAAGAAUGUUGAGGAAAUUGGAGCUCGGGAAAUCGCAGAACAUUUUCACAAUAGUUCUUCAGUUCGGAUGUCAUUCUCACAGGCUCGCGGGUUUCACUACACUUUUGUCACUCGCGAAGCUGAAACGGUGACCAUACCACGGCAUUUUCUAGAAGUAUUCCGUAAUAGAACGACAGUGACAUUCAACUCCAGACAAGUAAUUGCUUGUAACGAUCGCCUCGAACAAGUUGUAGCUGAAAUUUUUCUUGCGAGUGAUGUGAUCGUCUGUGACAUGAUUGAUCAAAUGCAACCAAUGAUUCCUGUACUUUACUAUGCCAUGGAUGCUCUUUCAACAAUCGACUUUCUCUGUGGACUAGCAACAUAUUCCGAUUCAAGAGACACGUGUCGUCCAUCGUUUGGAAAAUCGUUUUCAGUCAGUCAAGGUCGUCAUCCGAUUCUUGAUUGGGCGGAUUCCGAGAGAACCGUCACAAAUGAUACGUGUUUGACUAGAGAUCGUCGGUUCGGAAUCAUCACAGGACCUAAUAUGGCUGGAAAGUCAACGUAUUUGAAGCAGGCAGCACUGAUUUCGAUAAUGGCUCAAAUUGGAUGCUUCAUUCCAGCAAACUACGCAACACUGCCAGUUUUUACUCGAAUUUUCUCAAGAAUGGGUCAUAAUGAUGAGCUCGUUCGAAACAAAUCAGCAUUCGCUUCCGAGAUGUCAGAUGCUGCGUCCAUUGUACAGUAUGCCGAUGAGAACUCUCUUGUAGUUCUUGACGAGUUGGCACGUAGUACAUCAACAGAAGAAGGGAUUGCUAUCACAUACGCGAUUUGUGAAAAAAUUUUGGAAUUGAAGCAGAGCUAUACAUUCCUGGCCACCCAUUUUCUCGACAUUGCCGCCCUUGCCACUUUCUCCAAUGCUAUUGACAACUAUCACUUUUUGCCGCAAACUGAAGAGAAUUCCCUGAAACGUCACAAGCUAUUACGAGGACAAUAUAAAGGACCAUUAUACGGUAUAACUAGUUUAUUAGGGUUAAAUACCGUAAUCUGCGUUAAAGAUGGUGCAGUCAAUAAAAAUUCUGUAGUUCAAUAA